CAGCGACAACAUAAUGCGCAACAGUUGCGUCUCAAUAAGGAAGGAAGGAGAGAUGCUUGAAGUAGAAAUCCAUUGAGUCGUCGUACAUUUGACCGAUAACAACCAUAAGGUAUCGUCGUCCCGGUGUUACUCUCUUUCUCGUCUGUACUACUUACGAAUGAUCGAUAAUGUGAUCGAAAUAAAAGAAAUGAACAAAUCACAAAUAAACGAUAAUUUAGAAAAUCGUUCGCGUCAAGUGGCCAAAUGAAAUUAUAAUGAAGAUUUAACGAUGAAAGAGUGCGACAAAAUAUCGACCUUGCUUAAAUAUCGUAAAAUGAAAUUGUUGAUUAACGAAGAAACGAUAAGAAUAAAGCUAGAUUUUUAACGUCUUUCAUCAGGAUGACGGAAAAACGUCUUUCGUUGGGUAUCAACGUUAGUAUUCUUCUGAUUCUCACGAUAUUUGGUAUUUUAUUGUCUCUACCUUUAAAAUUACUUUUGAAUACGAAUUACGAUGUACAAAGUCACGAAAAUCAGAGUGAAAACGAUACUGAUACAUUGUCCAACGAGAAUAAGAACAAAGAGAUAUUACAAUUGUUAAUCGAUUAUCGUAAAUUGAAAUUGUGCAGAAGACAUGGUUACAAAGAUCGGAUAAGAUCGAUCUUUUACAGCGAUUACGAUGAGAAUUGUAUGUACGUGGAAGUUAUUACGAAACAGAAAGAAGAAACUAAUCUCGAUUCGUUCGAGCAAGUCAACGAGUUGGUGUUAAAGGUGAAUAAGAAAAUAGAAAAGGAAGUGAAAAAGGAGGAAGAGGAGAAGAAGAAGAAGAAAGUGGAGGAUAACGAAGAAGAGAAGUCGCAAGAAUCGAAGGAAAUCGUUGUUGCAGGGCACAUUCUCGUGACGAUGCUUCUCGUUUCAGCGAUCGCAGCUUUGGUCGAAGUACUACGGAUUAGAUUUUCCACGGACAAGAAUAAGGAUUCUUCGUCGAGAGGUAACGUCCCUUCAAGAAAAAGCUCCACCGUUGAUCUUCCGAUUCAAAGACGCUUCUUACCAAGAGAGCCAAUGAAGAGUCAAAAAUCCUUCGAAUUGUUAGGAAUGCAUCGAUCUUCUUUGCGUCUCUUGGGGGAGCGACCAGCCCCGCUUAUUCGACGUUCUUCCUUCCCAACGCAACAGGCUAACAAUAAACGAUCGGCUCCACCGGCCACUGGCACGCCAAAUAUACGAAUGUCACGACGUCAAUCGGCCGAGUCCGAGGAAGAAAUCGGAGUACUUAUCACCGCUCUUCAUCAUCGUACACGUUUGAUCCGUCGCCAUUAAGGUAAAGUGCAUUCAAAGGAGCUAUGGAAUUCAACGUCCAUCUUAUCUCGACGUAUAUCGAUCGAUCGAUCGAUCGAACGAACGAACGUUCUCUUCUUCCUAAGAAUCUCAUCGUUUUAAAACUUCGAUCCUCUCGAUUCCAUCUUAUAAGAGCUUAUCUUAGAUUUAUUUUCAUUUCCAAUACUUCCAACAGGUCUUUUAUGCACGAUGCACAACGAGAUCAUAUCCAGGACCUUAUAUCAAAUCCAACCUACAUAUAUAAAUACAAAAUAUAUAUAUAUAUAUACAUACAUGCACAUAUUCAUAAACGUUUUGAACGUCAUUAAGGCCCAUCAUGCAUGGAGGAUAACUUUUACGAGAAAUUCAUUAUUUCUUAUUGGUAUGAAUCUGACUGCUGUUCGCAUCUGAAACUUUGUAUGUCAUCCGUAUCAAACGGAAUGACUUCUUAGCGUCCGUACUUACUCCAAAUGGAAUCAUAAAAAAUUGUUUUCAAUCUUCACAACAACUAUGCAAGAUCAAUUAUUAUGCGUGUAUGUUUAGAAAGAUACAAUUUUCAUAUUUCAUUUGAUUUCAUUUGAUUUCAUUACUAAUGAUGACCUUAUGUUUUUAGCAAGUAAACUACGUAUGAUUACUAAAUAACAUCUCAAUGAAGUUCAACGACAAGAAACGAAUUGUAUAAGUUCUUAUACAUUCUAUUUAUGUAUAGGAAGAACCAAUGAGAUAAAAAGAAAAGAAAAAGAUAUAUUUUCGAGAACUAACGAGUUGGGAAAUAUUUUGGUAAUAAUUAGGUAAAAAGAGAAAUAAAAUAACAAUUGUUAUAUCCCUCCGUUAUAAGAUACUUGGGACCGUCUAAUCCUGUGAUCAUCGUCGUUCUUCAUGUGAUACAUAAAAUGUUAAUUAUAGCUUAUGAAAUCUAUACAUACACACAUAUAUAAUAUACAUACACAUGAACAUGAAUGUUCUAUAAAAAUGUUUUGCUUCUUCGUACAUUUCGCUCGUCUUUCUGAUAUUUUAUUUUCAGACUUUAAGUAUAUAAAAGCUCGAUCUUAACAGUGUAAAAAGAGAAAAAAAAUUUCCAAUAAAUCGGAUAAUUAUAAA